GGCAACCUCCAGCCUGGAAAGACUGCUUGGGUUGUUUCACAGUCCAGGGAGCUUCUUCAGCAAGACUCAACAGCAGUACAAAGCCACGUCAGCCAUUGUGAAUCCACAGCCUGUUGCCAAUAGCAACGCUUCUUUCCUCCUAGCCGCGGGACCUCUGGGUAGCAUCGCUAAUUGUCGAAGUGGUCUGUUAAGUAGUGGUUCUCAGAGCCAAACCCAGAGCAGCCCUGACCUUCUUAGAGGUGCUCUAUCCUCACAAACUUCCACAAAGGAAAUGAAGACAUUUGUCAAACAAAGCCCCGGGGUAUCAAGGAAAGAGAUAAAGACUUCAAAUUGUGGAAACCCCAUUCCAGAUAUUAUAAAUAACAACAGCAAAAUCCAAGAAGAAACAAUUCCAGGCAGUAAUGAUGGAAGUGAUGAGAAUAGAUCCAGGCUUGAAUGCAAGAAAGAGAGUGAAUGUAUUAUGGGACAUUGUGAAGAUGAAAAUUAUAAUGUUAAAAAACUGUGUGAAGCUGUUUCUGAAGAUGAUGAUGAUAUGAAAUCAGUGUCUGAAACUGUGACUUGUAGGAGUUUCAACGUAGGAAUACCAGCUGUGGCAAAAGAUACUUGUGAUUCUAAAUGUGACUUAAGUUCAAAGAGUAGUCAGAAUACAGAUACAUUAGAAGCAGAUGAUAUUGAGACAGGAUUAGAAUCGUUAAAGUUAAUGGAUACCUCUGAUACCAUAAUUGAUACAUCACAGUGCUCAGAUAAAGAAAGUGGCACAGAUUUCAAUGUAGAAUCAAAUGCAAUAAAACGUUCUCCCACUAAUGGGAUAAAUAUUAAACCUAUGCCUUGUUGUAUAAGAGACAACAAUCAGUUCAGUGUUGACUUUACUAAUAGAUCUCCAGCAAACAGUGCUCUGACUAAUGAUAAAUUGUGGUCUCGAAAUUGUGACUCUUCUUUCGUUAAUGUACAAAGUGCAGCAGCCACAGUGCGGUUAGUGGGUGGUGCUUCAGGGUUUACCAGCUGUGAGAUAAACACACAAAGGGAGGAUGGAGCUAGUAGCUGGCCAUUACCAAGUCAUGUUGUGGAUGCAUCGGCACAGUCUGCAGGGACAGAAAUGGAGAUGUUGCACGGUGUAGAGCUGCAACCUAGCAGUACCACGUAAAAUGCAUUGUCACAGCAUGGCGACCAAGGUAGCUUUAAUUUGCUCCAAGACGAGGCAAGUGAACAACUCAGUUGGAGUAAAUGAACAUGAUUUGGUAUGAAAGAUCUUUUGUUUAUUGUUUAUACAAUGCAGAAGACUUUUAUUUCUGUGAACAAAUGAAAGAAGUGUUAUUUUUAAUGGAACAUGAAAUGUUUUAAAUGCUAGAGAUUGUUUAUGAAACAAUGCUAGGAAUAUAAACUUUUAUAAAAAGUGUAAAGAUAAAACUAUACUUUUGUUUGAAUCUGUUUUGUGUGUGAAUAUGAAUAUAUAUUAUUGUUGUAACCUCCUAUUAAUUAUUCACAAACUAACUUUUAGAUGUGUCUCCAUCUUAAUGAUGGGUUGUGUGUCAGAUGUUAUAUCACCCUUUACAAAUGUUAUACAAUAUUUUGGUAAUUUAUUUAAUUUACUUGGGAUGAUUCUGGACAGAGAUUAUUGCAAUAUCUGGUUUGUUAUCUGAUAAAUCAGACAUACUAGGUUUAUGUAAGUAAUGUUAUAUAUUUGAGUGAAAAUUUGAUUAUUUCUUGUGUACAUAAAUGUUUUUAUAUAAAGCGCUGAGGUCAGUGAUAUGUGAUGAAAUUGCAUGGAUCAGCCUCACUGAAGAGAUAGGGCAGGUAUCAAAUUUUUUUUUUCUGUAAGUUUAGAGGUCUGUGUAAUCUUAGAUAUUUUUGUACAUUCUAUAAUUUUUUUCCUACAUAAAAAACAUAUAUAUUUCUGUGCACUUUGAAGCUUGACAAAUUAAAGUCACUAGUGAUUUAAAAUGCCGAAGCAAAAGUUUAUGAAAGUUUCAUAUUGCUGCCUCAGAUAACAAAAUUAUUCCAUUCGAAUCUGAAAUUUAAUAUGACCUUUUUACCUUCAACUUGUAUUUGUUUUUUUAAUAACAUAAUGAGAACAAUUUCAAGUCUAUUUUGUUAUUUGCAUCAUUAAAAGUACUUAAGGUAGAAUUAAUGUGUGUUUUUUUCUGUUCCUACUUGGUACUCUGUGAUCUCGGGUCAAAAAUAGAAUUUAAAAAUGUUUGUAAAUUAGGAAGUUGUCUGUCAUCAGUGUUAAGAUUAUAAAUAUGACACUAUACUUGAUUGUGUAGUUGAUACAUUUCCUAAGAGCCUUUUCAGGUUAAAAGACAAAAACUUAAAGAUAUAUACAUUUGAUCUAAACAUUCAAACAUAUGAAACUAUAUAACCUUUUGGUUUUAUGUGGAUGUGAAACUUCAUAUCUUAUCCUAGGGUGGGUCCUAAACAGAGGAAACUAAUUUCAUGCAGUCAGUUUAUAAAGCUGGAAUCUUUGGUUUCAUAAAAAUGCUACUAUUUUAAAUUGGAGGUCACACACAGAGCCACAGAGUUACGUGCUGUUGUAACACAAAACUGAGUCAAAUGGUAUCCUACAGCUUUCCUUUCAUUGGGACACUGUAUCUGCAGCAUGGGAAACAGUUGGAAGUUUUCUUAAUAACAGAUCAAUGUUGUCUGUCAGCACUUUAAGCAAUGUAUUUGUUUGCAUGUAAUUUCAGUCACGUGAGAAUAUCUUCAGUGCAGUUUGAUGUUGAGGUGGACAUGAAGGUAACUGCUCAGGGAUUUUGUAUUUUAGCCUGAUGUGAAGAAAGGCCUUGAAAACUCUAGGCAUAAAUGGGAUGAUAAGUUUGAAAUGGAUCUUCAGGAGGUGUGUGGGAGGGUGUGGACUAACCGAAGAUAGAAGUCACUGGCAGGCUGUUGUAAAUGUGGUAAUCUUCACAUUCUGUAAAGGUGGGUAAUUUCUUGAUAGAGCUACUGUUGGCUUCUCAAGAAAUAAAGACUACUCUGUGAGUUAGUCUGUUAGUCUAAGUUUCCGUCUUUGCUGAGUUUGAUGUUAUGUGUUUGUCAUCAAAAUACAAAACAUAUUUGUGUUUGUACAUGUUUCUAACAAAAUGAUUCAUAUGUAAUGGAUUGAUUCCCUGACUGUGGUGAAGAUGCUGAUUGUGAUCUUCUGAGUUGUGACAGCACUGAUACAGCAUCAUGACUCAGAAGACCACAAUCAAACAUACAUAAUUUAAUUAUUGUUACAACAGCUGUAGUUUGUGGUGCAUAUAUCAGUGCCCUUUUGUCAGACGGUAGCAUGGUGCAUAUGGGACACAUUGGUGAGACCCCACAGUUGAAUUGUAAUCUCAGACCCUGCAGUGCUUGGUAGUUCAAACAUAAUAAUAUUUUUAUUUAACAUGUGAGUGCUAUGGCUAAUUGUGUGCACUGAAGACAGUUCUCUCUGAACUGUAACAUGUACACAAAUAACAUAAAUACACUAUUAUGUGCAAAUGGAUAACAUAAAGACAGCAGCAUUGAAACUGUUACUGUCAGAAGGUACCAGAAUUUGAGGUUAUGUUAAUAUGUGUUUACAUUUGUAUAGAAGGGUCUAAUUAUGGUCAGAGAUGAAGGUGUACCUGCGCAUAUCUGUGAUUGUUCCUGGAAAACUUGGCAUUUUUAUUUGCUAUAAAUCAAUUCUGUAAUUCUUUGAUGAGAUAAAAAUUUCAAGAAAUUAACCUAAAUGGGAGCCCUUAAUAUAACUCAGUUCCCUGACGUAGUUUGCGUGUGUAUGUACUCUGUUCAUAAAGCAUGCUGUUACAUUAUACUGUGUAUGUGUGCGCGUGCCUGCGUGCACCUCACACAUUGUAAUAACACUUUUUUCCCCCAUAAAAGUUUGCUUAUUUUGGAUAUGUAAAUAUAUAUAUAUCUUUAUGGGGAAUAAAAUAAAAAACAUAGAAACUCAAAAAUUAUAUUUAUUUUAACAGUGCCAAGUGAUUUAAAUAAUUUCUAACUGGUAUAUAUAUUUAAUGUAAAUAUUCAUUAUUGGAUCAUGUUGGUGUUUGUAACUCACAAAACUGACAUUGUGUGAUAAAUAUAAUUUCAGUAUUUUUGUUGUACAGACUGUAAAUAGUAUAAGAUUAACAUUUUCUUAAGAAAAAUAAAAUGUUUUAACUUUUUUAAAAUUCUGAGUGGAAUACAAUUAUCAAGUGUAAUCUUCAUAGAGGGGUAUGCGUUUAACAAACAUUUAUGGGGCUGACUCAAAGGGCUGUGUCUCUGUUAUUGAUUAUGCCUCUGAAUGAGGUGAUGAGCCUUUUCUGACUGUAAUUGAAAUGUACAAAGUAGCCAUGCCACUGUUAUUUAAACUGCGUGAUAAGUGCAGAUAGACAGAGAAGCUUAGGAGUAAUGUUUGUGACAGAAUAUUUACUGUCUUACAGGAACUGAACUUGGUUUCUUAAUUCAUAAUCUUAUUUUUCAGUUUUCCGUCAAAUUUCAUACUCAAGUUGUAUUUAAGUAAAAUGAAUGGAACUACUCCAAACCUCAAUCAAAAGCCUGUAAUCCAACCCAGCUUCAUAACCCAUAAUAGGGAUACAGCCUCUAUAUUUCAGUGAUUGAACUGUUUUGUGAUUAAACCCUUCUUUGUGGUUAAUAUUCAAGGAUGUAACAUACUUGAGUAAAAUUGCAUAUUGUAAAUAUUUUACCUAAUAAGUUUUUUUUAUUAUUUUGUUGCCAAAUCCUUGUUGACUUCUUAUAAAUUGAUCUCUUCAGGUUUUCUUUGUCAUUUCCAUUUACAUGUUACUAACCACUCUUGUGGUAAGGUACUGUGUGUUUUAUGCAUAUAGAAUAGGUGUGUAAAAAAUUUGUGAUAAUUAAGGCUGAUGGGGACUGCAGCAUGUAAGUUCACACCACAGAAUACUCCAUUUAUGGGACACAAAACUGACUGAAAAAAUGGCAGAUCAUAUCUGUUCUAAUUGCAUAUAAUCUUUUGAUAUGUAAAUGUAUUAGUGUUAUAACCAGUAAUUAAAUUUAAAGAAGUGCAAGAUUAAAUAUUAAUUUUACUGUGGUUUGCGUAGCCUAUCACAUUCAUUUUAAUAAGAAAAGUUCCAUUAACCAAAAGACUACUAAAUUUUAUGAAUGACAUUUAACAUUAAAGCCACUUUUAUAGUCCUUUCCUAUUUUCUGUGAUGUGUGGUUACUAUGAAAUUCAGGUCUUCUAUUUUGGUACUGAAAUGUUUGAAUCAUUUCAUUUAACUGUUUGUUUCUUUUUCAAAUUUGUAGUUAGUAUGUGUCCAUGGCAACGUGUAAUUUCUGCUGUUGAAAAGUCACAUGUAGUUAGCUUUAACUGUAGUGAGAUGGCAGCAGAAGUUUCUUUUAGUGAUAUUCUCAUACAGAAAAUUCGCUUUAGAAUGACUGAUGUUUUAAGUGAGUUAUCUCAAGUUUACAUAUUUAUUUUCUGUAUUACCAGUGCAGAAUUAAUUUCUGUAUUACUCUCUAAAUCAAUUUUUGAAGGGUAAUAUGAUCAGAAUGUUUUCCAGGGUGCUCCAGCAUAUGCUGCUGGAUGUACAUUCUCUUCCAAACAGGUAUAGCAAUGGCCCAUUGUAUAUAUGUAUCUGUAGUGUCAUAUAUGUUCAUAAAAACAGCUCAUCACUAAACUAACAUGGUAACUAUGUACACAGUAAUGAAAUGAGUUCACAUUUCCCCUGUUCACACUUGAUGUUUUGUGAAGCUUUCUCUGAAAAUGCUUGCUUGUUUUAUUUUCUGCACCUCUCGCAUCUCACUGAUAAACUGAUUUGUUUAUUUAUUUUUAUUAAUAGUUAACAUCACUGCACCCCUCAUUAUACGUAAAUACCAGCAUAUUUCUUUUUAUAGAAUCACUAGUUUUGAAUUUAGUUUGAGCAUAAAUACAAAGCAAGCUCAGAAUGUCUGCUGUCCUCUGGGCCAGACCAGGUCAUGCUUAUGCUGGCCCCAAAUUCUGAUUUAUUUCUUGAUUCAACCCCAUAGUUAAGUGGUUUCUGUAGGGUUGAUUGACUGGGAAGCACUGAAUGCACUAAUUCUUUGGUAAAUGUAUCCAGGUUUUGUGCAUGCUGUGUUCGCAUGUGUGCGUACUCAUGCGCAUUCAUAAAUAUGUUUUAAAAAUAUGUCUCGUGUCUGUCCACCAGUUGAAUUUUCAUACUGUAUUAUCAUGCUAGUGAGAUCCACCAUGGCUGUUGUCAUCAUUCAUGUCACUAAAACAAAUCACUGUAUAAUAACAAAAUGUCAUCUUCUCUCUCUUUUAUGUAAAACUGAAAUUAAAAAAAAUCAGUGUUUUAUAUUUAAAGGCUAUAUUUAUCCAAAAGAAAAAUCUACUGUGAUCACAAUGUCUAGUUUCUUUGCAGGACUCAUCUUGAUGAGGAGUUCAAGAUAUGACCGAUCUUCUUGUGAUAGUGUUCGGCCAUACUUUCCUUAUGUGUGUGAUGGCUUGAAAGCUGCCUUGUGAAAUACAGUGUAUAUAUACGUAUUUAUUUUCCUGUUGGUUGUGACAAUGUGUGGAACAGCAUGUGGCAGUCUGUUAUGUGUUUUAAAGAAGACACAUUUAUUUGCAGCAGAAUCUGAGAUGCCUGACAGAUGUAUAGACACUGGUCCAAACACCACACCAUUUGUUGUUUCUGAUGAAUGUGAAAAGAGAAUAAUUAAUAAUGUUCUCAGUUGUGUGUGUGUGUGCAUGCGCGCGUGUAGUUUAAAUGUGUGAAUUUUAAUUUGGUAUUCUGUAAUAAGUAUAAUGUUAAUAUUGUAAAGUAAAUGGUAUUUAAUUUAAGUA